CCAUGAUUCACAAAGUUCAGUAAGUUCACAUUCGCCACCGGAGCAAGAUGUCACACUACCCGCCUCACUACAUCCCACCGACGGGACACGGAACGCCCCUACCGCACAACCCACACGAGGGUCACAUUUCCACCACGGUGUUCCCACCGGAUAUGAAUCCGAACUAUCCGCACCAACCGAUCGGGACCAAUCCGCAUUACCCACCGGGCGGAGUGCACCCGCCGGGCCAUUAUCCACCGCCGCACCUGAUGCCACCGCCCAUCGAUAACCCCAGUUACCCACCGGGUCAUUAUCCACCGGGGCAUUAUCCACCGGGACACUACCCACCGGUCGAGGGGUAUCCACCGCAUUACCCGAAUCCGUACGAACAGGGGGUGGCCUACGGACGGAAGGAGCCGGAGAAGAAGUAGAUCCAUGCAUGGACCAUAUUGGGAUGACCUUGUGACAUUUGUUUUUGCCUAGUGAGUAAGGUGUGUUAUAGUUCUUACGUAAUGGUGAACUUACCAAGUGUAUUUGGAACGGAACAACUCGAAUCGAAUCCAUGAAACAAAAUUACAUUUUAGAUAGCAAAGUUGAUCAAUUUUGUCUUUGAUUAUUGUGGAAGCUUAGCUGCGGGUGUUAACUGGAUCUUUGUCAUGCAUCAUUUAACUGUAUUAGCGAAUUGUAACGAAAGAUUUAAUAAUCUGAUUUGAAAAUUUUUGAAGUAUGUGAACUCUCAUUUCUUGAGCAGAGCUAUUGUAAUUUUGUUGAGAAUAAAAUAAUUGUAGGUAUUA